GGCGGGGUUUCAAACGGAGCCGAGAGGAGAGCAGAAGCUCCACCCCCCGCCUCUCCCCUCCCACUUUCUGGAUCUCCGCUUCUUUCCCAGAUUCCCUCUUCGGCCGGAGAUCCCUCGGGAGACUCUUCUGGCUUCCGCUCGGAGCUGGACGGGCCGUUCUUCCUCCGGGCUCUUAGCCGCGCCUCCUCCCAGGAGAUCCUCUCUCCACCAGGAGGAAGGGAGCUGCGGAUUUUGCUCUUCGGCUUUUGGGGGUUUUCCUCGGAGAAAUCCAGCUGGCGUUGCCUGCAGGGAUCGGAUCCCUCCCUUCCCUCCAAGGGGGCAAAGGGGGCUCCGUCCAGGGGCUGGAUCAGCCCCCUCCUCGCCUGGCCGAGGCUCUCCGGGUGGAUCCGGGGAGGAGCUUUGGCAGGAAAACAACUGUGACCAAAGAUUUACCUUUAAGACAAUUAACAAGAGAUAGUAGAAAUUCAGCCCAAGGCAGCAGCCAAAGGAAAGCAUGAAGCCUGGGAAACGCUUGGAUCCCCCAUCAGACAAAAGCAGCUCUCCAAGAACGCCCAAAAGGACCCAUCAAUGCUCAGAGUGUGAGAAAUCCUUUGCUCGCAGAUCCCUCCUUUUGACCCACAGGAAAGUCCAUGUGGGAAGUGGAUCCAGUCAAGGUUUGGAGGCUGAGAAAUCUUUCUCUGGGAAAAACUCCAAAGAGCUCAGAAGUUCCCCUAGACUGAAACCCUAUAAAUGUGAGGAAUGUGACUUAUGCUUUGGUCGAAAGUCACACCUUCUUACACAUCAGAAAAUCCACACUGGAGAGAAACCUUAUCAAUGUCUGGAAUGUGGGAAAUUUUUCCGUAGAAAGGGCACCCUCAAAAUCCACGAGAGAAUUCACACAGGGGAGAAACCUUACAAGUGUUGGGAAUGUGGGAAGAGCUUUUCUCAGAAAUCAAAUCUUUGUGCCCAUGAGAAGAAUCACGCAGGAAUAAAACCUUACAAGUGCUUUGAGUGUGGAAAAUCUUUCACUCUGAGUUCAACUCUUCAGUGUCAUGAGAAAACACACCGAGGAGAGAAAAACGAAAAGUGCCUUGUGUGUGGGAAAUGUUUUACCCAGAAAUCAACACUGGUGCAACACCAGAGAAUUCACACUGGAGAGAGACCCUAUGAAUGCCCAGAAUGUGAGAAACGAUUUAUGUUUUCUUAUGAACUUCAAACACACCAGAAGUGGCACAAAGGGGACCUACCCCAUAAAUGUGGGGAGUGUGGGAAAAGUUUUGUUUCUCCAGCCCAUGUUCAGAUUCAUCAGAGAAUCCACACAGGGGAGAAACCCUACAAAUGUGAGGAGUGUGGGAAAUGCUUUUCCCAAAAACAACACCUUGGACGCCAUCAAAGGUUCCACACAGGAGAGAAGCCGUACAGAUGUGUACAAUGUGGAAAAUCUUUUGCUUCUGAUGGAGGCCUUUGGAGCCAUUAUAGAACCCACACAGGGGAGAAGCCACAUCAAUGCUAUGAAUGUGGAAGAUUUUAUCGUACUUCAUCAGCCCUUAGAAGUCAUGUGAAAAGUCACAGAGGGGAAAAAAACUACAAAUGUUUUGAUUGUGGGAGAACAUUUGCUCAUUCAGGUUCCCUUAGAAGUCACAGCCGAACCCAUACCGGAGAGAAACCCCACAAAUGCUCAGAGUGCGAUAAAUGUUUUUCUCGGAAAUAUUGUCUUGUGAUGCAUCAGCGAAUCCACACUAGAAAGAAACCCUACAAAUGUUUGGAGUGUGGGAAAUGUUUUUUCCAUCCUUCAACACUUCGGGUGCACACCCAAAGUCACACAGGAGAGUAGCCUCACAAGUGCACAGAGUGUGAGAAACUCUAUGAGAUUUUCAUAGAAAAUCAAAGGAAAAAAAGUACCAAAAAGUCUAUAGCAGAGAUAAAUCUCUUCAGCUGUGGAAAACAUUGGGAACACUUUUUUAACACAUCUUAAUGUUUACCAGGAACUUUACACAGUGACAAUUAAAAUCCUACAAUUAUUUGGUGUGAGUAAAUGUUUUUCCUACUGAAGGAACCUGAAAUAACAUCAGAGAGGACACAAUGAGGCAAAAGGGUGUAAAUGUUGGGAGUGUGAGAAUAUGUUGCUCGCAAAGCCGCAUUUUAAACUUACCGGAGUAAUUACACAAAAUAGUUAUAAGUAUGUGGGGAGUUGAUGAAAUGCUUCGCAGACUACAGGACAUCCUUGACCUAUGACCACAACUUGGAAUGGAUUUCCGCCUGUCAUAAGUUCCUUCAGUCGUAAGUCAAGGAACCAGGUAUUUCUCUUAAUGUUCACUAGACUCUGUUGAUCAAUGAGAAGUGAAAAUUUAGAGAGGAGAAAAGGGUGAAGAGUGGAAUGAAUCUGGUUGUUUUUUGUUUGUUUUUUGGUAAAAAGUUUUAUUUUCAUUUUCCAACAACCUAUUCAAUGUACAGUCUCUUAUUCAACAUUAGUCAUUAACUUUCAUUUGUUACUUAUUCGGACCUGCCCAGUUACCACUUCCUUCCUUAACAAACCUUUCCUCCUCCCUUCUCUAUUUUCUUCUACUUUCUUCAUCCUUCCUCUCCUUUGCUUUUCUACAUCCUCUCCUCCUUCCCCACUCCUCUCUUCUUCCACCCUUUCUAACCCUCUCUCUUUCCCCUUUCUUCUUCCUCUCCUUUCCCCCUUUUCUACCUCUCUCUUUCCUACCUACUUUCUUCCUUCACUCACUCCUCUCCCUUUCCAUUCCCUUCUGAAAUGGCAGCUGAGCAGCCCCGCUUUCAUUUCAAAUUAUUUCUAUUUCUUAAUUACAUAUCUUCAAUCAUUCUUUUACAUUGAUCCUUCAUCUCCCCCU